UUUUUAUGCAUACCGAGAAGGAAUAUUUUUUUCUUUUUUAUUUAAAUGCAUGUCUGCAUAGAGAGGGUAUAUAUUUUCCUUACCAUGCACACAUUUGUAGAAAUCAGAGGUCUGCGACUCGAUUGACGGGGUUGAAUUGUGUUGAUUUGAUAAUAGGGCCAAUCAUUACUGUGGCGUUUGAGUGAACAUAAUCUGUGAAGGGUGAAAAAAAAACAAGAUAGCGGACAAACCUUAUCACAAUGUCUUAAUUUUUUAGUACCACGUAACUUCCAGAUUCGACACAGCUGACGCAUUCACCAUACAACAAUGCCCAGGAAAGGACCACACGCCGAUAAAACUGCUUGUGCACUGCAUCACAGACCAGGGAAAAUCAGGAUUCCCCAUCUGAACAAAAUGGUCUCUAUUGAAGAUCCAAGUCCGUUAUCCCCAAGAUCUCCCAAUAUGCAUUUUCCCAACUCUUCCAUGUCAAAAAAUUCAAUCAGAAGUCCCAGCAAACAAAAGCUGCACAAGACUAAAGAUGGGGGAGAUGAAAAGGGGGGAAUGGAAGCUACCUCCAAUAAGGAGAAUCCUCUGAAAAUUAGUGUAAAGGCUCCAGAUUUACAGGUGGAGUGCUCGAAAGGAGAAAACCAUGAGAAAGGAAAUGGCAAAAGGUCCGUGACAGACGAAUAUGAUGAGCCCCGUCCUUUCAUGAAAAGUAUGAAAACAAGCAAAGAAGAUGCCAAUGGGUAUGAAGAUGACGUAAAGUAGCUUGAAAGAGCUGCAAAAAGCUUAUUAUAUCCAUUCCUUUCAACGGAUUUCUGAAGUUCACUAAAGCCAGGUUCAGACUAUGGAGUCUUAAAAAAUCACAAAUUAUCAUACCCACGAUACCAAGCACAUGAAUUUGUGAGAGUGAAAAUAAAAAUAUCAGCGAGUGACUUGAUUCUUCAUUGGUCAUCUUGAGGGAAAUUUUGAAGAUUCCAAAAAAAUUCCAUAAUGUACUCAUGCAUCAACAAAUGAAAAAGAGGAAAAAUAAAAAAAUGUGGAAUAUGUAUGGUUGCAUGUGUGUGAAAAAAAAUCUAAACAAGUGAAAAAAAUAACAAAGGGAGAAAGAGACACACACAACCUUUAAAAGACUGCAAUGUCAGAUGUAUUAACAUUUAAUUGUUGUUUCUAGCAAAUUCAAUGACAUAAUUCUUUGAUAGAAUGAGAAAAUGUUUACAUAGCAUAUCAGAUUAUAAAAGUCACAUUUUUAUUCUGCGUGUACUUUGUACAACUUUGUUAUUGUGUACUUGUUUGAAAAGCAUGACUCUUGUUUGUUUAAAAAAAAACCCAAAAAACAAAAAACAAACUAAAUAUCCAAAAUGUUGUAUUGCACUACAAUCUACAUGUUUGCAAAUAAGUUAUUGUACUAACAAAGCGGCAAUGAUAGUUAAAGUGUAAGCCUUUUUUUUUAAUUAAUCUUAGUCAUGAUUUUGUAGCAACUGUAUUCAGGAUUAGUCAUCUCAGUAAAUAAGUUAUAUCCUGUGCAUUAAAUUAUGGCUGCAUUAUAUGGGAUGUAUAUAAAAGCUUACAAAUUAAAAUGUAACUCUU